AUUCGAAAAAAAAAAUUCUUCAAAAAAUCAGCGAAGGCGGUUGUGUCGCGGAUAAAUAACAGGAAUCAGGAAAAAUUAAGUGUACGCUCGCCAGUGAAUAAUAUUGUAAUCCGGGUUCCGGAAGCAAGAUCUAUCAGUUCUCGGUGUGUUGACAUAAAGCUAACUAAAGCAGAGUAAAGCCGCUGAAUAUCCGCAAAUAUCCAAAUCCGAAUUAAAGCAAUUGGCAAUUGGCAGUUGGCGAAUUGCAUAUGCAAAUAUAAAAAGUGUGCGAACGAAGAAAAGGAGGCGAGAAACCAGCGGAGAAGUGUGAAUAAGGAACACAUAAAAAAAAGAAUAAAACAAAAAAUCGUGUAAUAACAGUACGAAUUCCGAAUUCCGAUUCCGAUCAACGGCAGAAAAACCCCAAAAAAAUAUACAUCAGCUAAGCAACAGUAUUCUUGCUCAACAAUAAAUUUACGAAAGCUCUGAAGACAAACAAAAGAUAAAAAAAAAAUACAUACACAAGGAAUAUUUUCAUAGCCGUGAUUAUUUGUUGCAUUUUAUAAAAGAAAAAUACAAGAGGAGUAAAGAGAAAAUAACAACACACUGAAGAUACAAGGCGGCCAGAAGAACGCAGCGAGCUUAAGCCAACAACGUAGUACGACUAGCAAAAGACACCACCAAUUUAGUUUCGAUCUAGAUACAUACAAGCAAAGUAGCCAAAAUCUCUAUAUAUAUAUGUAUAGUAUAUGUAUCGAUCAUCUAUGAUUGGUAUAUAGCAAAGGAUAUAUAUAUAUAUUUACAAGCCCCGCAACAUAAACAAACGCAAGGUGUGCCGUGCCCCCCUCACACAUACUCAAAAGACAGAACAGAAGAGAUACUGCUGAGAUACUGACCGAUCUCUCUCUGAGCCCGGUCACAUCCCAGAUACAUUUUCAUCUCAACCGCGUUAACACAAAGGCAGCAAAAUAGAUACCAUGGAAGACAAUAACACGAGCAGCAGUGCGGGCGGUGCGUCCAUUAAACACGAGGAUCCAUCGGUGACACUCACAAUAAGGCUGAUUAUGCAAGGAAAGGAAGUGGGUAGUAUUAUUGGUAAAAAGGGUGAAAUUGUCAACAGAUUUCGUGAAGAGUCUGGUGCCAAAAUCAACAUUUCGGAUGGCUCAUGCCCGGAGCGCAUUGUGACUGUGUCUGGUACAACUAAUGCAAUCUUCUCGGCAUUUACGCUCAUUACAAAGAAGUUCGAAGAGUGGUGCUCGCAGUUCAAUGAUGUAGGCAAAGUUGGCAAAACUCAAAUACCCAUUCGAUUGAUUGUGCCCGCCAGUCAAUGUGGAUCGUUAAUUGGCAAGAGUGGCUCAAAAAUCAAGGAAAUUCGACAGACCACCGGCUGCUCCAUUCAAGUGGCCAGUGAAAUGCUGCCCAACUCCACAGAGCGGGCGGUUACCUUGAGCGGCAGUGCCGAGCAGAUCACCCAGUGCAUCUAUCAGAUAUGUCUUGUCAUGUUGGAGUCCCCGCCACGCGGUGCUACCAUCCCGUACCGACCAAAACCGCAGGUGACUGGUCCCGUCAUCCUGGCCAAUGGACAGGCCUUCACCAUUCAAGGAAAUUAUGCAGUGCCCACACAAGAGACCUGUCCAGUAUUUCCACUUGCCCUGGCUACCGGCGGUCUACAUGCUGGUAUCUCAGGCUUGGCGGAUCCUUUGUUAAAGGGGGCACAUUUACAAGGAGCGGUACCAGCACACCACCAUCACCUACAGCAAAUGCCCGAUGUGGCCAAGAACCCGCUGGCCAGUCUGGCUGCCUUGGGCCUGGCCGGGAUGAAUCCGGCCAGCACUGGGGGCAUCAACCACACAGGUGAGUUGAGCGCUUCUGCGGCCAGAUGCCAGACAGAUUUUCAAUCUAAUCUAGGCUCUGCCCCAGCAGCCCUGGCUGCACUGGCCGGGUCGCAACUGCGUACAGCGAAUCCAGCGAACCGAGCCCAGCAGCAGCAGCACGAGAUGACCGUCUCCAAUGACCUGAUCGGCUGCAUCAUCGGCAAGGGCGGCACCAAGAUAGCCGAGAUCCGUCAGAUCUCCGGCGCCAUGAUCCGGAUCUCGAACUGCGAGGAGCGCGAGGGUGGCAACACCGAUCGCACCAUCACCAUCAGCGGCAACCCGGACUCGGUGGCCCUGGCCCAAUACUUAAUCAAUAUGAGUGUUGAGCUGCAGAAGGCCAAUCUCCUGGAGCAGGCCCAGGCCCAGCAGAAUGGCGGUGCUACCGCCACCGCCGCCGCCGCUCCCGGAGCGGCUGCUGCCGUCGCCGGAACAACUGCGAUCGCCGGAGCAGCCGGAGCUCCGCCGGCUGGCACCAAUGGAGCCCUCACAACAGUAACCCUAACUGGCGGAGGAGCUGGCACUGGCACUGGCGGAGGUGGUGCCGUUGGACCGGCUGCCGCAGCCGCCGCCAGCAAUGGUACUGCCACGGCAGCCAAUGGCGGCACCACCAACGGCAGUGUCUCCGCCGUGGCCGCCGCCGCAGCAGCUGCUGCCGCCGGCUAUGCCAGCGCUAAUGGCAGCCAGGGAACCAAUGGAACCGUUGGCGUUAAUCCAGCAGCCGCCGCUCUAUCCAGUCCUUUGGCUUCUGCUCUACAGCUGCUCACAAAGCCGGGAGCUCUGAGCGCCCUGUCCAACCUAAGCGCCCUCGAUCUGCUUAACCUGACCACGCUGGGCAGCAACGGUGGCGCCGGCACUCCAGGCGGACCGCCAGUGCAGACGACGGGAGUGAACCGUGCCAAGGGCCACUAUGCCACCUCAAGGUUCCGUCAGCAUCAGACAGAGACCGGCGGAGAGGCGGAGAAGCCGCGCAAUAAGUUCAAUCCGUACUAGGAAUAGGAGCAGGAGUCAGGAGCCACGAGUCGGAGCUGCAGCAGCCCGAGAGGAGUCAAGUUAUAGUCGCUUAGUUUUAUAGGAUUCCCAUGAUAGCGUUGCGAAAGCUUUAGCUUUAGCGUUUAGAUAUUCUUGAAGAAGAAGCAAAAAACAAAAAUUGUAUAAAAAUUCGGUUUAAAAAGAUGAAAAGAUUGUGGCUGCGGCCAGCAAAAGUAUUGGAGAUUUCAAGACAAUUUUUACAUCUAAAAAAAGUAACCCCACAGCGAUCCCAUUCAAUAUUUAUGAAAGAAACUAACCAAACUACAAUAACUACAGUAAACAGUCACACUUAGAACGUGCUAGAUGUAAUCGUUCAAUAAUCAAUCGAUCAGAGUCAGAAUCAGAAUCAGCAUCAAAUCAAACCAUAUAUGGUGUAUCGUAUCGAAUAUAUAUAGGACCGAGUCGAGAUUUUUUGACCAAGUGACCAAGGACCGACCCUAGUGGGCGCUCGCUAUAGAUUUUGGACCCCAAAAACUUUUUGAUAAACGCCUAAACUAAACUUAUAUAUAUAUAUAUAUACAUACAAGCGAAUAUGUAUCGUACAUAAUAUAGAAUUUGCCAAAUUUUAGCGCAUCCCUAGUAGCGUUCUCCUUAGAUUAGAGAUUAGAUCGCGAAUAUCGAGUAUGUAGAGCAGGUACCGAGCAUUAAACUUAGCCUCAGCAGCCAACAAUCUUUCCCCCAAUCAACAAGCCAUUCAUUGUAACAUAUAACACACGCUCCAAUAUCUUAUAAAUCCAUUGUGUACUCUCUUAGCUUCUAAGCACUAAAUGUAUUUUUUCCCCAUAUAUAUAUUUACGAGAUAUAACCUUAAGCAUAAAGACCCAAAAAAGCCAUUUGUCGGGAGGCAGAAAGCAGCCCUAGCAGCAGAAAGAGAAGAGUUAAGUGAAGCAGCAGGCAGAAAAUAUGAAGUGAAAUGAAAGAACCUUCUAUAAGAAGUUUACAAAAGAAAAGAAAUUCCAAUGCGUUGAGAACCCGCCCGGGAGUCCGAAGAUAGGGCGCGACACGAUGUGCGACCGGGGGAUCAACGACCUUUAUGGACCAAUUCGCUCUAAUUGACGCAAUCCACGCAAUGAGAAGCGUACAAAAAGCCAACUAACUAUUUGAAUAGAAAAACGAAAUGAAAAGCACAUGGAAAAGCCAAGGGAAAGGGCGGAUUUAAAACCGAUGAAAAGGAAGAAUAACGUUAUCAUGUAUUAGACUUUAAGUCUUCGAUUGUUUAUGGAACUUUUAGUUUUUUUUGUUAGUUUUUACACUUUAUACAUUUACCCUCCUGAAAUUCCCCAAAAUUUGUAUUUAUUAUAAUGCGAUUGUAAAUUUUUAUUGUUAUUAUUUUUAACCAAAAAAAAGGAUAAAAAUGCGAAAAUAAUGUUGAACAAGUAUUUGGAAAUUGAAAUUUCUCUAACCUAAAGUACAUGGAAAGAUAAUUGUAGCUACGUUAUAAAGUUAUACUUGAUAUGAUUUCUCUUAUUAUUAUAUUAUUAUUACUAUUAUUACUUUACACUUAGCUGUAGUUUGUAAGCGAGACAAGUGACACACAUUAUGUAAUAACACAACUUAAGCUAAGCGGGCUUACGAUUUUAUAACCAAAUUAUAUUCCUAACUAUUCAUACAUACAUCUCUACAUACAUACAUACCUUACAUACCCUACAUACCCUACAUUCAUUACAUACCCUACAUUCAUUACAUACCCUACAUACUUAUAUUAUGCCACAAAAUAAUAACACAAAGGUAGAACAAACUAAAAAUUCGAGUAACGUAAAUACAUACAUACAUACAUACAAUACAAUGUAUUCAAUGUAAUACUACUUCUUGACAUUAAUACACAGAAAAUAGACAAAAAAAAAAAAACACACCUAGAAAAGGCUUUACCUGUAGAAGAACAGCAAGAACAACAUCAAGCGAAAGGAACAUUAAUAAUAGCGACAUAAAAACCUACAUAUUUAUAUGCAAUGAAGAAAACAAUGAUGGAAACUACAUACAUGAGUUUGUAAUAAAGUGAAAAAUGAAUACUAAAA